ACGACACCACGACAAAUCGGCAGACGCAAGUCCGAAGGAGUUACAACGGCGGUAAGACGACUAAGGUACCCAGCCAAAAACGGACGACCACGGAGUACGAGUACUCUUCUACCUCACCACUAUUAGCUACCUUACCUUACCUACCUAUUAUUAAGAGAUCUCGGUCUGCGCUGUAUCCUGGACACCCCGAAUCACGCAAUCGUCGACAAAACACGGGCGGAUCGGCCGAAUUUGCUUUUCAAUCAGCAUUCACACGCGCACCUCGGCCACCCUUUGCCAACGAGCAGAAAACCGUGAGAACUAGGACAAAAAGAAAAGGAGAGAAAGGAAGAAAAAAAAAUCGCCUGUCAUGGUCCAACGCCCGAGACCGGUUCCUGGGUUCGAUGACAUCGCGGGCCGGUUGUGGACUACGAUCCGCGAGAACUGGUACCUUGGCUUCACCUCCUUUGGUGGACCGCCGGUGCAUUUCAAGAUUUUCCACGACAAAUAUGUCAAGAAGUUGAAAUGGAUCGAUGACCAGAUGUACCAAGAGCUAUUCAGUGUCUGUCAGUCCCUUUCCGGCCCGGCGAGUACCAAGAUGCAUUACUGCGUCAAUCUUCUUCACGAUGGCUUCAUCCCUGCCGUCCUGGGGUUUCUGUUGUGGAGUCUUCCCGGUGCCAUCGGAAUGUAUGCCUUGGGCCUCGGAGUCUCCAAUAUCGGCGAAUCCCUGCCCCGCGCCGUCUACGCCCUCCUGUCCGGCCUCAACGCCGCCACCGUCGGCAUCGUCGCCCUCGCCGCCGUCCAGCUCUCGGAGAAGGCCGCCACCGACACCCUCACCCGGCUCCUCGUCCUUUUCGGCGCCUGCGCCGGCAUGCUGUACAACGCGCUGUGGUACUUCCCCGUCCUCAUGGCCUUCGCCGGCAUCGUGGCUAUCGUCUGGGACGCCCGUUGGGUCCAUAGGCCCGUCAACAAGGUCGUCACCUUCGGCAAGGAGAAGCUGGCCGGGCGCCGAUCGCGGGAGGAUGUCGGAGAGGCGGGCGUCGAAGAAGGGCAGGGCGGCAUCCAAGCGGGAGACGACGGGCAGGCGGACGACGGCACGAAUCGGCCGAGUGCAGACGCCCGAGGACAAAACGAGGAGACCACCACCUCAUCCUCCGCUGACACGGAACCCCGUGUCGUCCCGGCCGGCCGCCGCCUCGCCGUGACCUGGAAAUCAGGCCUCGCCAUCGUCAUCGCCUUCUUCCUCUCCUUCGCCGCCAUCAUGGCCCUCCGCGGCGCCCUGCCCCGGCCCACGCCGCGGCUCUUCGCCCUCUUCGCUAACAUGUACCUCGCCGGCACCAUCAUCUUCGGCGGCGGGCCCGUCGUCAUCCCGCUGCUGCGCGAGUACAUCGUCGCCGAAGGCUGGGUGCCGGCCCGCGACUUCCUGCUCGGCCUGGCCAUCAUCCAGGCCUUCCCCGGCCCCAACUUCAACUUCGCCGUCUACCUGGGCGCCCUGACCGCGGCCAACGCCGGACAGCACAGCGUCGCCGGCGCCGUGGUCGGGUGGCUCGGCAUCUUCGCGCCCGGUCUGAUCUUGGUCCACGGCACCAUGGGCAUCUGGAACGCCAUCCGCGGCUGGCGUUGGGUCAGGUCGGUCGUGCGCGGGCUCAAUGCCAGCGCUGUGGGGCUCAUCUACACCGCCGUGUACCGGCUGUGGCAGAUUGGCUACAUCGACGAAGGGUACGAACAGGGCACGAGCCUUGCCCUGGAGCCGUGGUGGGUCGUCGUGACGGCUACGAGCUUUGUUGGCGGGUACUGGUUUAAUGUGAGCCCGCCCGUCGCCAUUCUUAUGGGCGCUGUCAUGGGGAUGAUCUGGUACGGGGUCGUGACGACCUAGUCGAGUUUGGCAGUUCGUGAGGAUCACCGGAGAAAAAGAAAAGAGAAGAAAAGAAAAGAAGAAAAGAAAGAAACGCAAGUUGUAGCGGAAAGGGAGAAGGGCAUGCGAAUUUGAAACAGGGCAGUGGCCCACAAGGGAAUAUAGAUGUAUAAAUAAUGGCGGCGACAGAAUGUCUCUUUGAGGAAGAUUGGAUUGGAGCAAGCUGUAGGAGGGGCA